UUAUUUUACUAAUUCCUUGAUCAUGUGACAGCAGAUUAUAAACCAAAAAUGGCGGAGUCAUUAUUUGACGUUCGCUUGUACAAUAUUAUUAUUUUGGGGGUGGGGUUUAUGUUAUUGUUUACGGCAUUUCAAACAGCUUCAAUGGCAGAGCAAAGUGUUUUGUCAAGUGAAAAAACAAAUACUAAUGGAACAUUCACGGGAAAUGGAUAUACAAGUUUGAGCAUCAUCUAUAUUGUUUUCUCGGCAGCUAAUUGGAUUGCCCCACCUAUUGUGGCAGUUCUUGGUCCAAAAUUUACAAUGUUUGUUGGCAGUAUUCUUUACUUUGUCUUUAUCUUGUCCUUCCUAAAACCAAUGGUUUGGGCCUUGUAUCUUGGAUCAGUUCUUGUUGGUAUAGGAGCUGCAAUAUUGUGGACUGCGCAGGGGAACUUUCUGACCAUCAACUCUGACUCUGACACGGUUUCUAGAAACAGUGGCAUAUUUUGGGCACUUUUACAAUGCAGUUUGUUGUUUGGGAACAUAUACAGCUACUUUGUGCUGAAGGGCAGUACGGAUAUUACUGAUGAUGAGAGAACCAAGCUGUUCAUUGGUCUGUCUGGGGCUGCUCUGCUGGGGGUCCUCUGUUUCUUACUCCUCAGAAAACCUGUCUCCACAGACACUGAGAACCUGGUCAACUUAUCACCAAGUGAUCAAAGUGAAAGAGAAAGUCCUCUACAAACAAUAAAGAGAGCCUUCCAUUUACUCAGAACGAAAGAGAUCAUGCUUUUAAGUUUGGCCAUAGCAUAUACAGGUAUAGAGCUGACUUUCUUUAGUGGUGUAUAUGGAACCUGUAUUUCUAACACACCACAGUUUGGGGACAAUGCUAAGGGUCUCAUUGGUAUAUCUGGAAUGUUCAUUGGAGUGGGGGAAAUUCUAGGUGGCGCAGCUUUUGGUUUGAUGGGGAAAAGAACCAACAAAUAUGGUCGUGAUCCUAUCGUGCUCCUGGGAUAUCUAGCACACAUGGCAGCUUUCUUCCUGAUUUUUAUGAAUAUUCCCAAUGGGUCUCCUCAAGAUAACACUGAUUCUGCUACUUACAUGACUCCUAGCCAGUAUGUAGCUGUGUUUUCCUCUUUCCUCUUGGGUUUUGGAGAUAGUAGUUUUAACACACAGCUCUAUUCCAUUCUGGGCUUCAUGUUUCCAGAAGACAGCUCGCCAGCUUUUGCCUUGUUUAAAUUUGUACAGUCUAUAGCAGCUGCCGCAGCCUUUUACUACAGUGAGGCUUUGCUGCUCUACUACCAGCUGUUGAUACUCACUGUUCUGGGAGCCAUUGGCACCCUGGCCUUCUGUGUUGUAGAGUGGGGAGUCAGCAGAGCGUAUAGAAUGGGAUACCAGUCUAUCUGACCCCAGGAGGAGAAGAAUGAAGAGAUUGGCCUGGCUGUGUAUGACUGUGAGUCCCCAAUGAGUGAUGACUAGAGAGAGGUGGGGACUGGAGACGUGCAAUAAUCAUUAUACAUUCCCUGGUUGUAGCAGACAGAGUUUAUGUGUGAUAGACAAUUACAGUGCCAAAGCAACGAUUUGUCACUGAUUCUGGGAUUAAUUUUGGUAACACAAUAUUACAGAAUUUUAUGAGGAAUAUAUGUAUAUACUGGUAAUCUGUACUAAGUCUUGUAUUUUACUUUGAAUAUUUUUAACUAUUUGUGCAGCUUUUUAUUUCUAUUUUAAAUAUACACCAUGUUCUCACAUAUAUUUUCAUAGCAAGGAUCAUGUACAUGUAAUUUAUAUAAAACAAGGAUGGAAUUAUAUGUAAAAUGUAUGUAUUGGCCAAUAUUUUUACUAUUAGAUUAUUGCAUGUUUAUGUUUUCAUGAUAUUAAAAGAUUUUCCAACUACCCUGGCAUGUAAAGCACCUUGGUGGCAAGAAUUGUAGAAUUAUUGAAUCUGAUCAUUAACCUCAUAUUUUUUUCCCAAAAGAAUAAGGAGAAAAAUAAAGUAAUUUGAGUUUCUAA